ACCAGAACACUCCAGGUGGCCUUAGUGUUUGAGAAUGGCUGCUUUGAAAUUCAAUUCAAAUUCGAAUCGAAAAAAAAGGGGGGCAAUGAGUGCGAGUGCGGAUCGUCACCGUUAGUCCACGAUCCGCAGUCGGUGCGCUCGGUGGUUUUCCAAGUGCCCAGUGAGCAGUGAAAGUGCCAGUACCCGCCGCUUGGCUAUAGGUAACCCACUUCCGUCUCGAAGUCCGCCAAUUUGAAUAUCCCUCAACCCUACGGUGACCCGCCCCGGCUGUCGUCAUGGAGAUAUUUCUGCGCUUAAUGGCCUUCAUUUUGAAUGCCUUUGGCAUAUUGGUGACCAAAAUUCUGGAUCUUACGAUGGCCCCACGAAAACCAAAAUAUCCAGGGAUCCGUAAUCCUUUGCUGAACAAAUCAGUCGUGGAACUGGUCACCGAAUUGCGACGCGGCGAGAUUACAUCGGUGGAGCUGGUUAGUGCCUAUAUUGAAAGGAUCGGUGAGGUGAAUCCCACGCUAAAUGCUGUCGUCCAGGAUCGUUAUGAAGCUGCCAUGCAAGAUGCUAAACUGGCAGACGAACUUAUUGCCAAGGCAAAGUCAGAUUUCGACCGAGUUGCUCUGUUUACAAAAUAUCCUAUUUUGGGUAUUCCCUUCACAGCCAAGGAAUCGUGCGGUGUUAAAGGAAUGUCCUUUGCGGUGGGCAGUCUGGCUCGCAAGAAUAUGACAUCUCCCAAGGAUGGCGAUGUGGUGGAACUCGUCCGUGCCGCCGGUGGCAUUCCCCUUUUAGUUUCUUCCAAUCCCGAAUUUUGCAUGAGCUUUGAGACGAGCAACAAUAUUUAUGGAAGAACUUUGAAUCCGUAUGACAUGCGACGCACUUCUGCCGGUUCUUCGGGCGGUGAGGGUUCGUUAAAUGGUGCGGGCGCCACCACAUUUGGUGUUUGCUCCGACAUCAGCGGUUCCAUUCGGCUGCCGGCCAUGUUUUGUGGAGUAUUUGGACACAAGCCCACUGGUGGACUGACCUCGGUCAAGGGCCACUUUCCGUAUACCUUAACAGACCCAAAGUUUCCCAAGAUGUUGCAGUUGGGUCCAAUCACAAGGUUUGCCCGAGACUUGCCGCUGCUGCUGGAGAUUAUGGCGGGGGAUAAUAAGCACAAGCUGAAUAUGACGGAGCCUGUGACCCUUAAGGAAAUGAAGGUUUUCUACGCCUACGGCUACUCGGGCCUAAACUGUCUCACCCAUCCAGUGGUGGACUCCGAGAUUCAAUGGGCCAUCACGAAGGCUGUUCAGUGUCUAGAAAAGGGUGGAGUGCAAUCUAAGAAGUUGGAUCUUAAUUUCUUUAGCAAUUCUCUGGAAAUUGGUUUAGUGGGACUGGUGGAUCUGAAGGGUAUGCCCAGCAUUGUGACCCAGCGUGCGGAUCGGGAUCCCUCCCUGAAACUGAUAAUUAUAGAGCUUUUCAACAGUAUCAUCGGUCACUCGAUAUUCACCAAGGAGGCCAUGUUUCUUGAGGUGAUGAAGCGGUUUAAUGGUCUGAUGGCCUCUGGAAAUAUGGGACCGUAUCGGGAGGAAGUAGAAAAGAUCAGGGUUCACUUGAAUCAACUGUUGGGCAACCGCGGUGUCCUAAUUGUGCCCACCUUCCAUACGAGCGCCCUCUGCUUCCACACAUCACUGGUGAAUGUGACGGGGAUCGAUCAUAUGCUGCUCUUCAACAUCCUUGGCCUACCCGCUACACACGUGCCCAUGGGCAUUAACCAUCGGGGAUUACCCAUUGGACUCCAGGUGGUGGCCGGUCAGUAUCAGGACAAGCUCUGCCUAAAGAUCGCCGCAGAGCUGGAGGCAGUUUUCCAUGGCUGGGUGCCACCAGUGGCACAUGAAAUAAAGAGCUAGUGAAAAUGGUCAGGAUCAUAUACUAAUUAAGGUUAAAGGUAGAAUUUAUUGGAAAUUAGUAGUUCAUUUAUAUAAAGUAGAAGUUUCAAUUGCGCCAAAAAUCAAAUAAAGCUUGUUUAUACUUA